AACACAGAGAGACGACCUCAGAUCACUUUUACGUCCGGGAUCGAACGCACGUAGCCAGCAGCAGCCAGCGAAGUCAGUAGCCAGCCGUCCACAGCUCCCCUGCCCAUCGCUCUAUACCAGCACACUCUAUACCAAAUGUCACUCAAGCCUGAGGUGCGCGCCGUGGUGUUGGGUCUGGUGUGUCUGGUGGUCCUGGCGACGGUCGGAGAGGCUGCUACCAUCAUCGGCAUGUGCAUCAGUAACUGCGGCCAAUGCAAGGAGAUGUACGGCGACUAUUUCCAUGGCCAAGCGUGUGCGGAAUCCUGCAUCAGAACACACGGCGUGACAAUCCCGGACUGCAACAACCCCGCUACCUUCAACCGCUUCCUCAAGAGAUUUAUCUAGGAGUGGGACGGAGGCAUGGGCGUAGAGCUGGUCAGGCAGGAGUUAGAUGGGGAAGAAGGGGUCCCUGGCGCCCUCUAUGAUUAGCUUUCAUGGGGGUGCCGCCUGUCCCCUUCUCUCCCUUCUUCAAUGUAAUUUGUCAGGUCGCGUCGUGAACUUAUUGGCUCUCUUGUAAUUCUAUAUAGCGAGUGGUGUGUGUUUGUUUCUCUCUCUCCCUCUCUCUCUCUCUCUCUCUCUCUCUCUCUCUCUCUCUCUCUCUCUCUCUCUCUCUCUCUCUCUCCGGUGUGUCUUAUAUUGCAUCUUUAGUGUAUUUCGACUCUUUAAGGUACUUCUGGUGGCAACGCGGCAAACUAAAGGUUGUGGAUGUAUCAGAAUAGGUGUGUGAUUACCAGGUGUGUGAUUAACAGGUGUAGCAUGAUGUGUUCUGAAAUUAUAUACAUGUGUCUGUAGCAACAUUCACAAGGUUAACAGGUGUCAUCAACAGGUGUCUAAAUCCACGUGUGUAUAGAGAACAAGAGUGUGGGUGUCAUCACCAGGUGUGUUAAUCAAGUACAGGUGUCACCAAAAUGCAAAUAGAGCAGUAGGUAGCAGAUACAUAAUUUGAAGUGAAGGUACCAGGACAUAUGUAUAAUUAAAAAUAAUUACGACUUGACAGGUAAAAAUUAAAUACAGGUAUGUCAGCAGAACAAAAAUCCAGAUACAAAAUAACAGGUAGAGAAGAGAACAGGUAUAUGAGAGUAGCAUGUCAUCAUGUCACGUGUGAAAUGAUGUCAUCAAGUCACGUGUGAAAUGAACAGGUGUAAAAAGAACAGGACUAGUUUAAUAUGGUCAGCUAGCCAGCACCAUCUACACACUUCCAACUGCUAUCCUCCAAUCUGUCGACCCUUCAGAUCAGCACCAAUUGCUUUCCCCAGCACCACAGCCAGCACCUCCCCUUUCAAGCCAGGACUCAGCACCACUCCCCAGCCAAUCACUCAAGAGAUACGAUGCACCAUGAAAAGGAAUCAAGCUUAUGUGAUCCAAUCCUCCGCCUCUUGCCUCCCGAUUGCCAAGAAUACAAAGAGGAAGAAAAAGAACAAAGAAGAGAGAGAAAAAAAGAAAAAUAAUCACUUCUUUUUGUUUACUUACAAAAAAUCCAUCUAGUCACUUAAGAGAAAAUAAAAGUACUCUUACUAUGAUUUAUAACAAAGAUUCAAAUGCUUCACUUCUUCAAGGCAGGACUCGAAGCACUUCAUAAGGUGUUUUGAAUCUGUUUCUCGUGAUUUACCGACUCUAGUUCUGUUGAGGGAGGAGAGAGGUGUCCUGUAACCCCGUCAGUUCUAUUUAACAGGUUCUUACUUAGGAGCAGAGGCAAAUGUGGCAUAAUCUGUUCAAAAAUUUGUUCACUAAUAUCCAUCUUGUGUGUGUGUGUGUGUGUGUGUGUGUGUGUGUGUGUGUGUGUGUGUGUGUGUGUGUGUGUGUGUGUGUGUGUGCGUGUCAGACCACUCCUGCUCUUCAAAUGUACCGCCAUAUGAUCCAAAAUAAAAUGCGCUCAGCUAAUAUGAAAGAUUAAACUAUUAUUUUUAUUUAACUCAAAGGAAAAUGUGAAUGAAACCACCUCUCUCUCUCUCUCUCUCUCUCUCUCUCUCUCUCUCUCUCUCUCUCUCUCUCUCUCUCUCUCUCUCUCUUUGAAACACAUCUCCACGUCUUAUCCUUCCCCCGUUACCUCUAAUAACUAUAAAAUCUCGCUUCUUUAUAUAUAUUUUUUGUCCAUUUCUGUUUCAUCUUCCCAGAAAGAGAGACAGAGAGAGAGAGAGAGAGAGAGAGAAAAAGUUUACAUCAAUAUGAAAGCAGCUUCGUGUGUGUGUGUGUGUGUGUGUGUGUGUGUGUGUGUGUGUGUGUGUGUGUGUGUGUUUUCUGCCCCCUUUUUUUCCUCCAUUCACUAAAACCUAACUUACCUUUCCCCACCUGUCAACUAACCUAAGGUACCUCAAUCUGCCGUGCCGUACCUUAUCUAACUUAACAAGAUCUAUAUAUUUACUUUACGUGUGCUUUAUAAAUCACUGCAUAUUUCCUUACUCUAUCUCAUACCUUGCCCAAUGCACCUUAACCCUCUCUCUCUCUCCCUCGCCCUCUCUCUUUCUCUCUCCCUGUCUCCCUUUCGUUACUCCUAUAUGUUCUUCCUCCAUCUCUCUAUCUCUUUCCCUGAGCGUUCAUCACCAAACCUACACAGGAGAAUCUAACUCCUUAAUUUUUGGAGCGUAGCAUUAAAUACGAUGAUAAUUGUAGCGAAAAGUGAAACAAAGAUAAUGAAAGAGAUGAUGCUGAUAAUGAUGCACAGGAUCACACUUCAAAAAUAAACACAAUGAGACGA